GGUUAUCAUUGAUAAUAAUAAUGACAAACCACUUGAAUUAAAUUGCAGACAGAGAGAGAGAGAGAGAGAAAAGAGAGUAUAGCAUGAUAGCAGAGAAGAGCAGUGUUCUCUCAGAGUUUUGGGCAUUGGGAAGUUGACCUCACCCUGCUGCCUGUUUGCCUGUUCCUCAUUUCUCUCUGUUCUGCUCUUUUUUUCUCUUGUGAAUACUGUAUCUAGUUUUGUGUCUAUAUGAUACGAGUAAUGACCCGUUCAAUAUCUUCUCCCUUCAAACCUGCUAUUUAAAUCCCUAAUUCCAACUGACAAACCCUAAAAGUUUACAAAUUCCGAUGCUCUUCUUCCUCCACCUCCGAUGAAGCGAGACCAUCUCUCCGAAUGCGGUGGCUGCGGCUCCCAGCACCCAUUCUUCCUCUGCAACGUCCGCCACCGCGGCACCUACCGUCGUCUCUGCCCUUCCUGCGUCCUCAAGAAUCAUCCGGGUUCCUUUUGCCCAGUCUGCUUCGAGGUUUACUCCGACUCUCCGCCUCCCUCUCACCAGCGCCUCACGUGCUUCAAGUGUCCUUCUAUUUCUCACUUGGCCUGCGCCGGAGGCCCCGCCAAUGCCUACCCCGGUGCUCGCUACCAAUGUCCUCCCUGUUCCAGCCCUAACUUCUCUUUCUUUUCCAAUGCCCACUCCAAUUCCAAUUCAGCCAUCAACCGCGACACUGCUCUCGCCCUUGUUGCUGCUUCUCGGAUUGCUUCCGCCUCCAUGAAAAAAGCUGCUGCUGUGGCUAGAGUCGAAGCCGAGAGGAGAGUGAAAGAGGCUUCCCUCGCCAGGAAGCGUGCCAGAGAGGCGUUGGAGCGGCUGGCUUAUCUCGUCUCCAAGGACAAGGAUUCUAAAGGAGUUGCUGCUUCUGUGGCAGCAGAUCACAGGAUAAAAUCCAUACCUGAUGCUUCUGUUGCUGUUUCUUCCCAAAAACGAUUAAAAGAGGAGAAUUUUGGGAGCAAUGGUGUAUUUUCGGUUCGCCCUGUUUCAAAACAGUUGCAACAUCCACAGAGCAACAAUGGCAAUGAAGGCUAGCAAGGGGGGAAUAUUGGAAUUGGGGGAUUUAUUGGGUAAGGCCAACUAGCUGCUGUGAAUUUUCUGAGUUGUUACCCUUCAUUUUGGUGGAUGCCCUGAAGAAUCUUGUAGAAAUUAUUUAGAAUAGGUUGUUCUGUACUCAACUUCUCAAUUUUAUCUCGGCCAUAUUCAAUGUUAUUCUCUGGCCCCAUUUUGUACGUUAUGAAGAAGCUGAUUUCUUUUACUGUGCUCUGUAUUUCCUGGUUUCCAUC